CUGGCUUUAUGUGCUGUGUCAGUUUGUGUGUAUCAGUACUUUGAGACUGAAGGAUUUUCGACUUUCUGGUGGAGUUUCCUGUCCAGCAGGAAGUGUGUUUCCUGCAUAGUCCUGCCCGGCUCCAGAGGGCUGAGAGGAGAUUGGGUCUGUCCUACACACAGACACACAAACACACUCUCACACACAACAAGCCAUCGUGCUGGUCAAUAUGGAGUAUGAGCCUAAGCGAGUCAAGAAGGGUUUUGUGUCACCAAUAAAGCGCCUGGUGUUCUCUAAAUCUAGCCGGAGACAGACAGAUAAAGGCAGCGUGUACCGUAGACCCCUGCACACUGUGCCCCUCUACCCACCAGAUUACCUCAUCCAUCCAGAGAGACUCAUAUACGACUAUGUGGAGAAGGAAGUUAAGUUCCUGGGACACCUGACAUGGGUGUCAUGUUCUCUGAACCCAUCGAGCAGAGAUGAACUGCUGCAACUACUGGACACAGCCAGGAAGUUAAGGGUUUUACCUCUAAAGACCAGUAUAGAGCAGGACUGUAUCCUCAGUCUGUCGGCUCGCUGUCUGUUGCUCACCUGGAGAGACAACGAAAAAUUGCUCCUGAGAAUCCCUACACAUGAAAUCGCUGCUGCCUCCUACCUGCGGGACGAUGCAUUGCACCUCCUAGUGCUUAAAACUGGUCUAAAUGUAGACACUGUGCUAGCAGGUGACAGUCUGGAGAACAGGCCUACUGGUCUGGAGAGCCGCAGACAAACCAUAAGCAAUACCGAUCCCAGACCUGCGGGAGGCACUAUGGAGCGCCGGCACACCAUCUGUGGUGUGGACUGGAAACUGUCCUCUCGCCAUGAGCCCAAACAGGGCAGUGUGGGAGGAGGAGGUGGUGGGACUGGAGGUGGAGGAGGCAGUGGUGGUGGCAGCUUGGAGAGGAAACAUGUGAGCGGGAGCUGGGAGCGCAGGCAGGCCCGGAAGCCUUGCGGAGGUAGCUGGGAGAAGCGGACCAUGAGUGGAAGCUGGGAUAGGCGGCCUGUAGGCGGAAGCUGGGAGCGUCGUGGAGGUGGAGUAGUAGGAGGUAGCUGGGAGAAGAGGCACGGUCCUGGAGCUAAACCAGGUGGCAGUUGGGAGAGGAAACACACUCCGGGUGGGAGCUGGGAACGCAGGCAGGCUUGCACAGGGAGCUGGGAAAGGGGGAGGUCCUAUGGCAGCUGGGAGAGAAGAAACCACAACCCUUUAGAACCCAUGCCAUGCCCUGAUGCCUACUCUAACCUGGUCAUACUGGCUGUAGAGAACAGGGAUGCUGCAGAGGAAUACUGCGCCCUCAUUUGUCAAAUGUUUCAGAUCAUCUAUGGACAUCAGACCAUUGAAUGCGUCGACAGGGCAGGAUAUCACUACACCAUGCCCGAUCGCUAUUGGCUGCAAAGAAGUGACAGCUGUCUGAGUGAUAUGACAUACGGCUAUGACACAGACUUCAGCUGCUGUAGUUCAUAUGAUGGCUCUCAGGAGGCUUUUGAGGCAUAUUACAGUGAGAACUACAGUGAGAGCUCAUCUCUCUCCUAUCAUGACUCUUAUAGAAGCCUGGCCUCCACACACAGCGAUCCUGAGCCGACUAAUGCCAGCCUGCAGGAAUACAUGAUCAUAUUGAGAAGUAAGUUGACACCGCAGGAGAUUCAGCAGUUUGCUCUGUUCCUGAGAGAAUACAGACUGGGUGCUCCCAUAGAGCAAUUCUGCACGGAUCUGCUGGAGCUCUAUGGAGACUCACGCAAGUUUCUAUUGCUCGGCAUGAGACCCUUUAUUCCCGAUAAGGAUGUAGGAGUCUUUGAGACAUUCCUGGAGGACAUUGGGAUCCGAGAAGGCGGGAUUUUGACAGACAGUUUUGGGCGAAUCAAACGAAGCAUGAGCAACACGUCUGCCACAGCCGUUCGAGGUUAUGACGGCUGGUCCCUCCCUUCCGGCUCUCAGGACUUCAACCGCAGAAUUGAUGACAUCACACAUGACAUUGAGGCCUUGGGAUUUGAGGAAGGGAAUGGAGACAUAGAAGAAGAAGACUAUUACCUUUAAAACAUUUUAUUAUUUUCUCUUUUAUUAGUUUAAAAGUCAAACUACUGGAUUUUAUAACUGUGUUGCACUAUUGAGGUGUUUGAAAACAGGGUUUAGCUUUCAAAUGUUUGGUUACUGUAUCCAUAUCUAUAUAUUUCGUCUUUUUAUGUCUUUUCCCAAAGGUUAAUGAUUUAUGCACUUUAUUUGACCACAGAGGUGCUGUUUAUGAUAUAACACAUUUUGCAUCUAAUUUGCAACUGUACAUCUGAAUAUCAUUUGCAUGACGGGUUGGUUAGUUCAUAUUCCGAAUAGAUUCAUUUAGAGGACCGGGGCAGUGAGGUAGAGUCAGACAAUACCAGAAAGAAAUGAAAAGGUCACCAAUGUAUUAUAUCAAAACGAGGAAGAUGAUGAUGAAGAGUGAGGUUUUUUACACAGUACCCAGUACUCUGCAGGAGACAUAGGGUCACUCUGGUCUGCAGGGAGAACAGCUCAUACAAAUACAGCUAUGUCAUUCUUUCCACAGGCACUGUCACCUUCACAAUCCAGUGCCCUUCCCCUCUCUGCUCUCUUAUCUGUGCCAGCUGGAGACAGUUAAUGGGCUCUGUGCCCAUUAUUGAGGGUUAUCAAAAUGGCACAUACAUAUGUCAGGCCAUGUAAUAAGACUGUUGUGUAAUAAGAUUGAGGGCCGCAGAGAAUAACAGGGUGAGACACAGUUUAUGAUAAAGUUUCACACAUCAUCGGUGCGACAGUAUACACAGUUUAUGAUAAAGUUUCACACAUCAUCGGUGCGACAGUAUGAAUACAAUACUGUUUAAAUUAUUUUAUUGUUCCUCAUGGUAAAUUAAAAUAAUGAGGUUAAAGACUAGUUGUCUUGCAGGGAAAUUGUCUACUGCUCACUAAAAGGUUUUUUUUUUUAUAUUUUUUGUAUAAUAAACAAAUAAAUAAAAUCAGCUGAUAUAAUCUUAAAGGUGCCAAAGAAUGCAUUGAAAUAAUAUGUUAAAUUGUUCUCUGAUAACAACAUAGAAGUCAUGUGGCCUUAUUAAAUGCAAAAAUUAUCCAGAGAUGGUUUUACAUGUCCAUUUACAACCCUAUGAUUUUUACCUUUUUGAAAGGGUCAUGAAUAAUAAUGUUGAGCUCUGCUCUGAUUGGCUGUUUCACAAAGCAGCUCCUUUCGGUAGCUCUAUUUGUGUGUGUAAAUAGACCUUAUGUUUGAGCCUGUAUCAGACGAAAAUACAGAAUUUAAUGAAUAAUCAAUAGUUUGGAGAUUGUUAAUGGAUGAGUGGUAAGUUUGUGUUUUAUAUCAGUAUGGACCUGCAAAACGUAACUGUAACGUCAAUUGUAGAACUUCAGCUUAAAUGCUAGCAUAUAGCAUUAACUAGCUUACAGCACUAACUCAACAGUCACAACAUUGUUUUUAGCAUUGUAACAACAUUGUUCUUAAUUUGAUGUGUGAUUUAAUGUUUGGGGCGUACAUCUCUACUGUAAGUCAGUUAGUGUUAUGUUGAGAUUGGCCUGUUUUCCAGCGGUCUUUUGCAUGCAUGUUUACAUAAGGAGCAGGAAACAAUCGUGUUUGAGGCUCAUAUGUCAUUACCAUGUACAGAACUCUCAUUAUUCAUACACCUAGGUAAAUACAGUUUUACAUUCUACUGCACCUUUAAAUUAAAGUCUUUAAGGUCAAAGUAAACUCACUAAAGCAUAACAAAGACGUGCUGAUUCAUGUGUCUGUCUAUGAAUACAUAAUAACAAACUGUGUAUCUAAAGCAAGCAGUGUUUCGUAAACAGGAGAGGGCCUCAAUAUGACUUAAAAGUAUUUAAAAUAAGACAAACCAAAUAAUUAAAAUGAGCUAAGAAUCAAUAUUUUUAUAGCAGUUGGGACUUGGGGUAACACUUUAUUUCACAGUGUCUUUGUUACACAUAACAUAUUACAUGUAAUUACUAUUAAUAACAGUAUAUUAUGCAUAAUUGCAUGCAACUAACCCUAAACCAACCCAUAACCAUAACAAGUAGGCCUACGUAAGAAAUAAUUUACAACGGGUCGAUUAAUUAUUCGAAAAUACAGUAAAGCACAUCUAAGGUGGUAAUGCAGUACGAUGCAAAGCAUAGUUAUUAUUUUCAAAUAAUUAAUGACUGGAGUCAAUUACUUAUUUUAUACCACGGUACAGACAUUGCUCUGGAGGUUAUUUUAAGAAAUUCGACAGAUCAGGUGUGCAUUUAUCAAAUAAUAAUGCAUAAAACGUUUUUUUUC